AUGGCUAUUGCUCAAAAAUGGGCAAAUGCUGUCCACGGAAACACGGUUGUUGUUCAACCUUCUGCUGCCCUUAUGGAACGCACGCUGUUUGUUAUCGACACGGAUGCUGUCCCAGUUAUGCACCCAAACUUUGUGGGAACAAGUGUUAUCGUGCGGGCACAAUAUGUUGACCGGACUUUGGCUAUUGCGAAGCGGUAUUUGUUGCCAGGGUUUUGUGCUCCCAAGGACAACUUGUUAUUAACAUUAUUGUCGCGGCCGCCCAUGUCUGUUACGGGCGUAGACGGAGAGACCUUAUCAAUAUAA